AUGUCUCUCGCCAGGGCCUUCACGACCCGAAGGGUCAAGCAGAGUAUUCAGGUGGCUGAAGAGAAGAAGGCAAAUACUCGCAGCAAUUCGGUGAGAGGGUCGGUCGGGACUCUCAGACACAAGAUCUCAAGCCCAGUCGAACUCAUUCACACCACCAAUAUGCUCUCAUACAAUGCGCCAGAUAUCAACCCCAUGUCGGCAUCCUCCACGGGCUCAUCACACAGGUCUGACGACGACAUGUCCAUGUCUGACAGCGCGCUCACGAAUGGUACAACUCCCCCCACAAGUCCCGAUGUUGAGUCGCCUGCGAAAAGGUCCCGCUCCCCAGAGCCGAACCAUCUCUCCUGCUUCUUCAGCGUGGCGCCCGUCCAGCAGCAAAGCCCUGGUCCCGCAGCCCGGCCCGAGGUGCAGGUGCUUCCGCAGCGCACUACCUCUCAUUCCUCUAAGAAGCAGUACAACACGCUCGUUCGGCAACGGUCAGCGUCGGGGCUGUCCCAGCAAUCCCAGCAAUCCCAGCGCACCGUCUCGACAAAAGCAAGCUUCACCUUCUCGCGGUCCUCAUCCACCAGCACAAGUACCAGCGUCAGCUCGACCCCAGCGCACCACCACCAACACAAACCCAAGCUCCCCAGCACCGCAAGCCCAGCCCCAGCACCGACCCCGGCCUCGCCACCCCGACAGCAACCACACCCCAGGCAGCGUAGCAACAGCAACAGCAGCAGCGGCAGGAGGGACUUUUCCGAGUCGCAACAGCAACAGCAACCCCAUCACCACCACCAACACCACCCAUUCGGCAACGAGCUGGCGCAGGUGUCGGAGCUGGCGGAGGAGUACGGCGUCCAGGAGCAGAUGGUGGACGCGUCGGAGCGCGAGGAGAAGGCCAUGCUGCAGAAGGGCCUGCUCAAGUUCAGCGCCGACGAGUACAUGAGCGACGUCCGCGCCUUGUUUGCCAGCUUCAUGGUCCCCCCGAGACCUGUCGCGGCGGCCUGGAUUUGA